UAUACGUAAGUCGUAGGUACCUUUUGUUGGUCCAAUUUUAUUUGAAAUCUUUAUUCUUUCGUCGUUAUCUUACUAACAUCAUGACAAUUUUUUUGUUAUUGAGUUUAUUAUUGGUUUUUACAAUUUUGAUUUUGAUAUUCAUAACGUGUUUCUGUGCUCGGAGACCCAAGGAACAUUACCGUUUGUGCGCAAAAUUACCAUCCAUACCACGAGGAUACUUAACUGAUUUAAAAUUCUCUCAUCGACUAUCUACACUCAAGUCCAAAGAUGUUUUGCCGUUUUUUAGUAGUAUCUUAAAGCAGCAUGGACCAUUGGUACAUAUGAAUAUAUUGGGUCAUUCAUACGUGUUGUUAAAUGAUCCAGACGACAUAAAAGCUUUAUUAUCCAGUCCACAUCACAUAAAUAAAGGACCAGAAUAUGGAAUGCUUAAGCCUUGGUUAAAUAAAGGACUCCUAACAAGUGGAAGUUUAAAAUGGCAAACGAGAAGAAAACUGUUGACAUAUACAUUUCAUUUUAAAAUAUUGGAAACGUACAUCCCUACGUUUAAUAAACACGCUCAGUGCUUAACAAAAAAACUUGAAAAUAUGGCUAGUAACAAUCAGCGUGUAUCUAUUUAUACUUAUAUGACACUUUGUGCAUUAGACAUUGUUUGUGAUACAAUAAUGGGAACUGAAUUGCGAUCUCAGGAGGGUAAAUCUAUAGAAUAUGUCAAAGCAAUAAAUACAGUAACUGAUAUCAUGAUUAAACGAAUAUUCAAAUUUUGGCUUUGGAAUGAAAGUAUUUUUAAUCUGAGUCAAAAUGGAAGAAAUUUUAAUAAAUCGCUUAAGGUUUUACAUACAUUUACUGAAAACGUGAUCAAAGAAAAACGAGCUAAACUUGAAUCGGUUAAUUGUUUAGAAACUGAAGAAUUAAGUUUUGGGAAAAAGCGAGUAGAAUCAUUUCUUGAUCUUCUAAUUGGAAUAUCAAAGCAAAAUCCAGAAAAAAUGACAGAUUCCGAUAUCAGAGAAGAAGUUGAUACAUUUUUAUUUGAGGGACAUGACACAUCGUCAACUGCCAUGACAAUGGUUUUCAUACAAUUGGGAUUGCAUCAAGACAUUCAAGACAAUGUAAGGGAAGAAUUAUAUUUAAUAUUUGGAAAUAGCGAUAGAGAAGCAACUAUGGCAGAUCUUAAAUCUAUGACGUAUUUAGAUCGAGUAAUAAAGGAAACUAUAAGACUAUAUCCAAGUGUUCCUGGUAUUACCAGAAAGCUUAGACAACAUCUUCAGAUAAGAGAGUAUACAAUUCCACCACAGUCAGUAGUUGUAGUAAUACCAUACUUACUUCAUCGGGAGGAAAAACAUUUUCCAAAUCCUUUGGUAUUUGAUCCGGAUAGAUUUUUACCUGAAAAAAGUAUCAAUAGGCAUCCUUAUGCCUUCAUACCAUUUAGUGCUGGUCCAAGAAAUUGUAUUGGACAAAAAUUUGCCAUGCAUCAAAUGAAAACUAUAAUAUCGACUGUUGUAAGAAAGAUGAAAAUUGAAACAUUAGGAAGUCAAGAUGACAUAAAAAUAGGUGCACAGUUAAUUUUGCGUCCAGAAUCAUUACCCGAUAUCAAACUAACUAAGAUUAAAUAAUUUUUUUUGAUCAAUUCGAAAACUGAACUGUUGAUUUUUAUACUUCUAUUAUUUGAUUUAUUAUAAUAUACAAAAUAUUACUAUAGAAAUAAGGACAUAUAAGCAGGGCUGAGUAAAAUGCCCUAAAAAAGUAUUUCGAUGUAAGAUAAAUUUAUUUUUAAUACCUACCUAAGUAUAUAUACUCUAAUUAUAAGUGUUAAAAACUUAAAUUUUCGGUGAACAGAGAUGUAGGUAUAAAAGAUACUACAUGCCAUUUUUAAUGAGUUUUAUUUAAUAUCUUAAUUUUUAUAUAUUAUUUAAAAUUAAUGAUAUGUGCAAGAUCAGUAAAACAUUCAUGUAAUUGAGUUACCUUAGAAUUAAUAGAAUAACCACAGAACCAGGAUUAUAUUUUUCUACAAUCUUGAAGUUGUAACCAAUUUAAAUUAUUAGGAUAUAAUUUAUUAGUUAUUUAUAUUUAUAAUAAAUAUUGUUGGAUUUUCUCUAAAAUUUACCACAAACUAAAUAUGUAGUGAUGGUGAACAAUACUACACGCCUAUCACCAACUAACGUGAUCUUCCUUUACUGGUAUACGACUGACUUAACACUAUUAAAAAAUUAUUAAAUGGUUUAUUGAUUCACCAACUCGUUUAUAUUUUAAUUAAUUUUAGAGUUCCUUUUCAACCAAACUAACUCACCUAAACCGUCUUAAUACUCCAUUUUAUAUUCCUAGAUACUCAACCAAUUACAUGUUAAUUGAACUGAUUCGUAGUCAAUUAAAAAAUGUAUUCAGACCCCUCUUUUUUAGAAAAAGAAUAUAUUUAAUAUUAUUUUAUU